UCUACGUCAUUCUGAUCUGCAGCGACGUGAUGACGCAGCGGUCCAAACAGGAAGUAGAAGGCAGCACGUUGUCCACGUUAGUUGGUUCCAGUCGGUGCCGAUUUUCAACUGGAGUUUCGUGGGACGACUGACUCCUCAUGAUGGCAGCUGGCAGGUUGAGCUUCAGUAACAUCACCGCCCUGGCUCCGAUGGUGCGGGUCGGGACUCUACCCAUGAGGCUGCUGGCUCUGGACUACGGAGCCGAUGUGGUUUACUGCGAGGAGCUGAUUGACAUCAAGAUGGCAAAGUGUCAGAGAGUGGUGAACGAGGUGCUGCACACGGUGGAUUUCGUGGCUCCAGACGAGCGAGUGAUGUUCAGGACCUGCGAGAGGGAGAAGGACAGAGUCGUCUUCCAGAUGGGGACGGCUGAUCCAGACAGAGCGCUGACCGUGGCUCGACUUGUGGAGAAGGACGUGGCCGCCGUUGAUGUGAAUAUGGGCUGUCCGAAGGAAUACUCCACUAAGGGCGGGAUGGGAGCUGCUCUUCUGUCUGACCCUGACAAGAUCGAGGCGAUCCUCAGGAAGCUGGUCACAGGCGUGUCCAUACCAGUGACGUGUAAAAUUCGGAUCCUGCCUUCGUUGGAGGAAACGAUCCGUCUGGUUCAGAGGAUCGAGAAGACCGGCGUCACUGCUGUUGCCGUCCACGGCCGGUUGAAGGAGGAGCGUCCCAGACAUCCCCUCCAUUGUGAUUACAUCCAGGCCGUCGCUCAGGCUGUUUCCAUCCCCAUCAUCGCCAACGGAGGUUCUCUGGACCUGGUGAAGACCAACGCGGACAUCGAGGAGUUCAGGAGGGCGACCGGAGCCUCAUCCGUCAUGUUGGCUCGAGCUGCCAUGUGGAACGCAUCGGUGUUCGUCAGCCAGGGACCACUUCCUGUGGAGAGGGUCAUGGAGGAAUACCUCAGAUAUGCGAUCCGCUACGACAACAACGCCUUCAACACCAAAUACUGUCUGUGUCAGAUGCUGAGAGACAAGGUGGAGUCUCCUCUGGGGAAGCAGCUGCAGGCGGCUCAGACCAACGCCGAAAUCAGCGAGGCGUACGGGCUGCAGGAGUUUUACCAGCAGACGCAGGAGCAGCUGCGGACCAGGAGGGACACCCUGCAGAGCAGCAGCCAGCCCGACCGGCCCGUCAUGGACGGAGACGUCACCACCAUGGCCGUCAAGUUUGAACGGAGGGAGUAUCCACCUCAGAUCACUCCCAAGAUGUUCCUGCUGGAGUGGAGCCGCAAAGAGAAAGUGGAGCAACCGCUGUACGAUAUGGUGCAGCGUUCACAGGAUCGAGGCUUUCAGUCGACUGUGACUGUAGCAGGAAAGAAAUACAGAUCUUCACUGUG